AGAAAAGGAAAGCUGUCUCAGAGAAGGAGCAGGUUAUUUAAUUUUGAUUAAUGAUUACAGGGACUCUUUUUAUGAAGAAUACCUUGCAUGGAUGAAUCAUUUACAAAAACAAUAGAAACAUAACAUCAAGGAUUUAAAUGUGGUCAAGUAUUACUUAAUGUUGAGUAUGCACUUUGAGAAAAAAAAAAGAGUUAACGAAUAAAACAUUACUGUACAGUAUGUGUUAAUACCUUUAAAAAGAACUGGAAAGAGAACAAAUCUAGAUGCAGUUGCUGUUUUAAAACGGCCUUCUGCAUUGGUCUGGGUGUGGCGGUUGACUGUUAUGUAAAACCAUGUCUGUGUGCCUGCAUAUCUGAAAAUAAUAAAGAAAGUGGUAUUUUAAAUAUGAAUAAAGGCCAUGCAGAGAUAUCCUAUUCUGUAAACAUGGAAAGCUUUGAUAGUAUAGUGACAUAUGAGCAAGACGUCCGUCUCUGCUUCUGAUCUUUAGCAUUGUGCCAUGUAUUGGAGCUAAUGACUCCUAUCAAGUCAUAUUCUUUUAAAUAAAAUGAAAUAAUCAUGGAGAGUGACUUGGAGAGCUAGGGAAAGUAAAACUGUGCAAAUACACUGAACUUGCUGAACUUUCUAUUUGCAUUAAAAACAGGCUUUCUGUUAACUGCCUUGUUUUUACAGUGACUAAGAACUGCAAACAAUGUCUCAAAAGUCAUUCUUGACAGCACUGAUCCAUUUUAAUCUCAGUAUUUUGAGUUUGCAGAGUAGAGACAAUCUGUUGCAUGCAGAUACAGUCUUUCAACAUGCACUAUUGGCACAUUAUGGAGCAAAUGAAAGUUGUGCCACUUUUGCACACUAACAAUCUGGGUGUUAUUCAAUAACUAUCUGUAAUCAAAUUAAGUCAAGCACACUAUCUGAAUUUUAUAGUCUACUGAAUUGCCUGCAUCUCAUUGAUAUACAGUCACAAUAAAGUACAGCAGAUUGCAUUAGUCUGCUACGUGAAAGAUUGCAGACUGCACCGUAUAAAAUGCAUUCAGCACUAAUUGGUAGGAGUAUGUGCAAAAUUACCUACUUUGCAUAAUUAAUUCCCACCGAAGAUCAUCUGAGGUCAAUAGGUGACCUCAUCGAAGUUCAGAAGCCUCGUAACAUGCUUUUGCAUAGCAGGGUAUGGCCACCACCUCCCCUGACUGCUCUGAACAUCGCGUGUUUCUGCAAAAGUGGCUGCAAGCCAGCAUAUCACCAUUUUUUCGACAACUUUCUCAAGUCUGACUAGGCUUCUAGAUUGUUUUGGAGAUAUGCUGACAGCUAAUUGGCUCAAACGCUGCCUACGUGUAAAAAGCCUGCACAUCAGAGAAAAACAUAUCUGCACCGUUUACUUGACCUACGUAUUUCUGUCCGGUCGGUUGAUUUUGAUCAGAGCCUUUACGUCACCACCUCUGCUACCUGCACAUGUAUCAUCUUUCAGUUCAUACCUUUAAACGAUUUAAUCCUUUUGUGCGGAGAAGAUUAAGAAUGCACAAAGCCUCAAGAUAACACGUUUUCAUUCUGCAGAGGUAAUUGCUUGAAUGCACAUACAUAACCGUAAGUGCGUGCACAAACACCAAUACUCAGGAGCAGGCGGCGGUUAUGUCUCAAGGUGAACAAAGUUACCCUGUUUCUGGGAAAUUCCUUUCUUAGCUAAGAUCCAUUCAUGAUGAAGACAGAGGAAUGAGUUUGGGCCAGUGCAGUGGGUUUGAGGCAGCCCAGGUGCAGUAAAUCUUUCCUGCCUGGCUGCCAGCUUGAUCCAGCCAGAUGGAUCUCAGACUGAGAGAGGGAGGAUUUUGGGUGGAUUUCUCGUCUAUUUGUGUAUAUCUUCAAAUGUGCUGUGAUGACAAAGUGUGUGCAAGAUAACAUUAUUUCUUGACCUUUGCUCCUGUUCCUUAGUUAUUUAGACAUCAGUGUUUGCCUAAAGGUUUAAGGAUCAAUUGUGUCAAAGGCAUUUUGUCUGUGUUGUCUUUGGAAACCAUCCCAUGACAGCAUCAUAUGAUUUAGAGGACAACUUCUUUCAGUGCAUAUACUACGCUGCAAGAAGGUAAAUAAAGAAUGAUUGUUCUCAGAUGAUUUAUGGUGCCCUUUUAUUAUACAGAUUAACACAAUUAUGUUUGAAAUUGAUUUACUUUUGUUUUCAAGCUUCAUUGGUUGCAGAAAAUACAAACAAGCACUUCCCUAGCCAACAGACACUGAAGCGUACCUGAUAAAAUAAAUUAGUACCGCUCCACACACGCACAUUUUGUUUGCAGUUGAGAUGCGAUGCACUAAUGAAUGGAUUUAGCAGGAGGCCCUUUGCCAGGCUCUGCACAUUGUGUUGAUGCCAGCUGAUCUACGUUCAAGCGGAUGUAAUGACAUCAGACGCCUUAUGCUCCACCCCCCUCCUGGCAUGUCCACUUAUCUUCUGGAGCCAGAACACUGGAGCUUCGCUUGUAUUGCUGCCACUUUGCAGGCAGGGAAGUCUCUGUCUCCAUGGCUCACGUCAGACCACCAUCAGACACUUCCUACAGCUCUCGCCUCCUCAAGAGCUUUACUAACAAAUGAUGCUUAGUUUAGUGAGAUUAUGACUAAGAUGAAGAUGAUGACCAUUCAAACGUUUGGGGUCUUCAAUGUUUUUAAAAGUCACUUACACUCAUCAAGGUUGUAUCUAUUCUAGGAAAAAUACAGUAAAAACAGUAAUAUUGUGAAAUAUUAUAAAUAAAUGGUGUUUUUUUUUUUUUUGAAGAUUGAGAAACAGCCUUUACUUGAAAUAGAAAUCUUUUGUAACAUUAUGUGUCUUUAAUGUCAUUGUUGUUUAAUUUAUUGCAUCCUUUUUGAAGUAAAAUAAAAAUCAAUUUAAUAUAAAAUUUAUUUAAUUAUAUACGAUUGUAAAACGUACACAAAAUGUGUUUUUCUGUGGGUGUAACUUUAGAAUAUCACAUGAAACUGAAAACCUAAAACAAGUUUGUAGUGUAUACAGUACAAUUACAAUGAUGACGCCAAUGCUGACUUCAGUAUUAGUAAUUAUUUUGUAAAACAUUAAUAGGAAAAGGGUGACUGUACAUUUAGAGUGAUGAUGUCAUUGCUGACUUUAAUUCUAGUAAUUAUUUUGAAUACGCGGAAAACCACUGACGUUGGAAAAACAUUGACAGAACACAUACAGAAGACUUAUAUUUAUUUUUUUUAUUUAUUUAUUUUACUGCUGUAGAAGAACUGUUGCAUUGACAAUGGGUUGCAUAAGCUUUCUGGGGCACACAAGGCCCACUUUCUGAGCAAAGGUGCUCUUUCUCAUUGUUGAGCCCGUGGGAGGUCAUGGCUCAGCAAGAGACAUUGAUUAGUAUGACCCGUGAGCAGCCGUGCAAGAGUAAAGCGCUCUGACGGCUCUCUGCGCAAAACAAUGCAUUAUUAAUUAAGAGUGUGUGUAGCAGUACAGCCACAUCUGGUGCGUUCUCUUUUCAUGUAUGCACAGCAGGGGCCACUUGAACACGUGGAUCAUUGGUACAUUCCAUACAGAGCUGAAGACCGAUCCAUUCACAGUUUCAAUGUAUCAUAUUGGUGCAGAAGUGCAGAAUUUUUUGGGAAUUUCAUUUGGUGACUUUAACUUUAAUACCAGUUUUCUGUCAUCAACACUCGCAUUUAGAGAAAGACUGACAUAAAAUAACCUUUCUCGCCCCCAAAUUCAUGUGUGACUCCUGCAUUUCUAACUUCAACAUGCACUUCCCAGUCAGACUGGUGCAAUUGGUUAUGCAAUUUGAAAAUGGAGACAUGGAACAGAGUUUUUCAUUUUCAUAACAUUUUGCUAGCGCAGUAAUAAGACUGCAACGUGCAUUCAAGAGACAUACAAUUAUAUUUCGUUACAUAAUAUUUAACUGCUCCAGUCAACAAAUAAAUAUGAAAUUAUGUAGCUAAAAACACUACAGUUCAAACUUAGCAUAUUAAAAUGAUUUCUGAAGGAUCAUGUGACACUGAAAACUGGAUUAUUGAUGUUGAAAGAUCGCUUUAUCUAUACCAAUAUUUUAGUAAUAGACUGGAUGACCCAGCAUUGAUGUUUCUUGUGAAUCAAUACUAGAUAAAUAAAUGCAAGCCCAUAAAACAGGGAGAGGGCAGUAGAUUCUCUUGAGUGGGUGAAGACAGAUGAGUGCACAGAACUGCUGAGCUGACACAGAACUCAAGCGUGUGUAAAUAUCCAGCAGGAAUAGAGGCAUUAAAUGUCCGCAACAGCCUCAAGUGGCUGACUCAAUGCAUUACAGACUCAGGCUUUCUGUCAUGAAAAAAUUAGAUCUUUAGUAUAGACUGUGCAGAAUUUCCAUGAAGCCCAAUGGAAACAGAGUAACCACAGAGAUGUUAUUGAAAGCCAUAGGCACUGUAGUCCACAGUGAGUCUUGUCUAGAAAGAUAACAAAGCAACAAUGAGGGUCAGACAUGUGACACACCUGGGCCGUAAAGGUACAAAACCUGCUAAUACUUGCUGUAUGAUUACAGGUGGUUUUAUAACUGCUCAAAUGUGGUCUUAUGUAAGCAGCUCAUCCAUGCACAAUGAUAAUAGAGCCACUGACAUUCUGACCAUCAUAAUUGCUCAGUCAGCCAAUGCACGAAACCUUCAAUGUGUUUUUUUUUUUUAUUUUCGUUGCUUUCAAAAGUCCUACAAAUGUUCUGUAACUUUCUGGCGUACAUUCCUGUCUUAUUGACUGUUCAGGGCAGGACCUAGCAAUCGCAGUAUUAACAGGUCAAGUCAAGAGUUCCUGUGAAAAUACAAUACAUGGGAAGCCAUCCUGACAAGGGAAAAACAAGCAAAACAAUUCCUACUUGCACAUCAUGUUCAAAAGGAAUAAACGCCUUAUUUGCCCACAGGCUGACCUGAAUUAUUUCUGUAAGAAUUACUUGACUCAGGCAAUUAGACAUGUAUAUAUCCAUCGAAUUAAAGUAAUGGAUGCCUAAUCUCGUUUUACAUAACACAUUGCAUGCACAUCUCCUGUCCCAACAUGUUUUAUGCAGGCAAACAAACACCCAGCCAUACACUGCACAUACAGCAUAACUGCUUUGUUGCAGUCAUGCAUGAGUCUUUUCAGACACACAAAACAAAGCCGUCUGCUGAGAAAUGAGCACGCUACAUACAUAAAAGUUAAAACGUGUCUUUUUUAUUCCAACAAAAGGGAACUUAAAAAAAAAAAAAAAACACAUACCAUAACUGGAGAUGGAAAAUUCCAAAUGGAAAUUUAACAUCAUCUGUAAAGAAUAUUCUAGGAAAUUCCAGAUUGCACCAGUGAGACUUCAUUUGUAUAGCAUUGUCAUUUUGUUGACUUUAAUAAUUUAUCAUCCUCUGAAUAUUCUGCUCUCAGUCUUGUCGCAAUGAGAGUCACUAAUCAAUCUUGCCAUGUGCAAAACAGAUAUUCUGGGUAUUUGUCUAAAGAGAACAGUCAGGCAGAGAACGAAGGGGAAAAAAGACACAAUAUCAUUGUAUGUCCACCUCCCUCCCAUCCAGCUGAGAGAUUGGGACAUUUUUACUCCAUCCACACUGCUGGAGUCGCAAAGUUGCAUUUCAGGCUGCGUUUUUAGUUAAGUGACUUUCUCAGAGCAAGGACCAUGAGUCUGCCACCUUUCUACUCACCUAGCCUAUUUAAGAGAAGGGACAGGCGGUAAGUGUAAGAAUGGAGUCGUGUAAGUGUAUCAUUACUACUGACAGCUGACGGAUUAAUUGUGAAGGUGUGAACGUGAGUGAGGAAAGUAAGUCUUGUUUAACCACCCAAACAGGCAAAAACGGCAUGUCUUGCUCUACAAGGUGCAAAAAUCGUUACGUUUCAGUCAGCGAAGUGCGUGACUGCGUUUGUCAUCUGCUGUGGAUCAUGGUAAAAAGUAAUUACAGAUGGGUUAUGCACAUCUUGCAUAACUUGUUUUGGCAGGAUACAAAGUCAAGAGUUUACACUGUAGAUGGUUUUAUUUACAUAUUUGACUCAUAAGUAUGGUGAAGGUUUCUCUCUAGCCGUCCUUUAGUAAACUAGAUUUAAUUUUUUGACUUAAUAAGCAGCAACUAUUCACGGAAUGCAAACUUGACGGACUGAAAAUGUGUCAUUCCACACAUUCCUUAGAUGUAAUUUUUGGUGUGUCCCUGCGUAUGGAAAAUCUAACCAAGUUUACCAAGUAUGGUUAGGUGUGCUUUGUGGGUUUUUCGUAAAUUAAGUUUAACUUGUUGCAUUAGGGGUUCAAGUAUAAAUAAUUAGCGCUUCUGACUGGUCUUAAAGUUUCCAAACUGUGUAGUAGCAGUGUAAAGGAUUUGUUUAUUGGAGCGAGUCUGGGACAUCUCCACCUUGGACCAUGGUGACAGACGGGGACAUACUGUACCAUGGCACAUCUGUGUUUACUGUGAUGUGCAGGGUUUUUUUUAGGAGAGGAGGCUGAAUGAAGCAUCUGUUUACUCAUCUCGCUGCAUCACAACAAUACGUUAUUCCAUUAUUAUUAAUGCAUUAUUUUUCCAAUCCCAAAUGAGUUUUAAGUACCUCGUAGUUCCACUGGAAUGUAAUGUAUGCCGUUUUUUCUUUGCUGAAAAGGCUGGUUGCCCUCGUUUUGUCAUGUCAAGCCACUAAAAUUAAUACUAUUACCUUACACUAAAUCUGCAGAACAUGAAUGUUCUGUUGACACUUAAUUAUUUGAAGACCCUUAGCAAGAUACAUAUUUCCCCCCUUCAUCUAAGGUACGAUUAUCAUUUCAUACAGUACAAACUGUACAAGUGCUUGCCAAUUACAGAGACUACAGCUCACCAGGAGUUCAGCAUCUGUCAAACAGGAAGACGUUAACUUCCUUCUGGGGUGUCCCUGUGAAAUCUAAUCUGGCAGCAUUACCAACUCUGCAUGAAAUGGAAAGUGAAAGCACUAUGGUCACUAAUUUGUGCUUUUCUGUGAAAUCUCAUUAGGUGAAUCAACUUUGAGUCGUCACCUUUUCAAAGGGCUUCACUGGGAUCUAGAAGAAUUCUUACUCCACUCAGUAAAGAUGAUAGAUUGAAAGAGUUGAUAAUGUACAUAGGAUGUAAUUUCGUGAUGAUGCAUUUUCAUAACAUUGCAGAAACUUUGUGUAACGUUUCUAGCACAUGCCAUCCUUAUAGGUAUAUACGAAUGCAUUUAAAGAAAAUUGAGUAAAAGAAAGAUGGAUAGAGAAAUUUGAGAUUCUAGUUGUGCUUUUCAUCAUAAUAAUUAUGAAUUUAUAUAAUGUCAUUACUUUAAGUAGUAAUCUAUGUAUUUUAAUUCCACCUUAAUACAUAACAUACAUAACAUACGCAAGCAUACAGUUUGUCAGACUUUUUAAAUGUAAUAAAUAAUUUGUAGUGAGGUAGAAGUGCAUUAUUUUUUUCUUUCACCCAUUCAAAAAUAUUUGUUUUGUUCAAAAGGUGAAAUUGAGUGAUUUAAUACGUAGUUCUGUAUGCUGUGGAUGUCUAUUAUCAAUUGGACAGAAGUUUCGGGUUUUUUUUAAAUUGUAUUUACAUUUUGAGUCUACAGCAGGUAUUAGAAUAAUUUUUAUUUUAUUGUUUAUGUUUUAUAGUGUGGUUUCUCUGUCUUAAAACAUUGUUAUAUCACUGGAACACUGGUAAAACUGAAUUAUUGUUUUUGGUUUGAGCUUUAAUGUUAAAAACUAAACUAAUGGACAGUUUAACACUUAGUUUGUUUACAUUCUGAGCUAGCAAAAUGUACACACACCAGCUUAUUGACUAAUAUCCAAGUGUUGAAGCAUCAGGGACUAGAUCCCAGCCUUCAGGUUGAGCACAUCGGUCAUACACAGUUUGCCCAGUAGAGGCACUAAAGGCUACAGUUAAACUGUGGAAGAAGUACUGUGAGAAAAUUCUAUUAACUCAUUCCCCAACCAGUUCCCAAACUGUCUUGUGUACUGUACCUACAAAACUUUAAUCUUAUGAAGACCUUGAGGUAUAGAUUUUAUAGAAUUGUAGCUACUCUAACUGAUUAUUGAUUUUCACCAUGUAACAAAUUACUGAGGGUUAUAGGAACAUGUUGUUCCUUAGUGACAAUGUAACCUGUGCAAAACAAAUGCAUUCUUUUGCAUUAUCUGUUUUCACGAGGCUUACCAUAACUUGGCGAAACGUAUCACUAAUCAAAACGUGAUGCAACAAGUAACGGCCACUUGUUAAUGUGUUUCGAGGGUUUAACCCGCGGCUGUUGCAUGCUGUGUGUUCUUUGAGCGAGUUCAGUGAGAGGGCAGAAAGAAAAUCUAUGCCACAAGCCUCAUUUGAAUAAUACAUGCGCGCGUCAUGUGACGCCACCGCUGACUAUAAAAGCCCCGCUGCGGCAGAAAUAGUAUCACUAGCCGACAGUGUUUCUCUGAAACCGCUUCUAGUUCUCUCACAGCGCCCGGUUCUCUUCGCAACGAAGCAAAACAACCAGGAUUGUAAACUCGUAUCCAAACAAGUCGCAAACGUGGCGAGAAGUAUUAUUCAGACGGGUCUUGUCCUCAACAUGAGCACGGAGAUGUUCAAAACGCCAAUGGAGGUUGCAGUCUAUCAGCUGCACAAUUUCUCCAUCUCCUUCUUCUCGUCCUUACUAGGAGGAGAUGUAGUAUCAGUCAAAUUAGACAACAGUGCCUCUGGCGCAAGCGUUGUGGCAAUUGACAACAAGAUCGAGCAAGCAAUGGAUCUUGUGAAGAAUCACCUAAUGUAUGCAGUCAGGGAGGAAGUUGAGAUCUUGAAAGAGCAGAUUAAGGAACUGGCAGAAAAGAACAACCAGUUGGAGCGUGAGAACAGCCUGCUGAAGAACCUGGCGAGCCCAGAGCAGCUGGAGAAGUUUCAGUCACGUCUGCCCUCAGACUCCAGCCUCCCCCUGGAGCCUCUGGAGCUGGGGUCCCCCGAGGACGGCGAGCACCAGUACAACAGCACGGGAUCUGCUGUAUAAGUGGCUCUGCCAAGGGGCGGGCAGAGCCACAGCUCUCACCUGAAAUGGACCUCCAAAUAUGCAACUUCAAGAUGAAGCUGGCUGUACAGAUGAAAACCUGACCUGAAAUGAAAGCAUUGCGACAAGUGGCCUAGUUCAGUAAUAUCUGACAAUCUCUUCGGACUAACACUGAAAAGAGAGAGUGAUGUAGACGUCUGAGGUUACUGUACAACGGGACUGAAGUGCCCCUUGCUAUGAAGGUGGCCCAGCCUUGCUUUCCCUUGGUCCCUCUCAUGAAGAGAAGGAGAGUGGUUUGCCUGAUGGUGCUGGCCAAGAGCUCAUCUUUGGCCUAUCCAAGUCAAGCCAAGGAAAUGUAUACGUCCCUGCGAGAGAGCCCCACCUGACGCACGAUAUACGGGACUCACUUCAUGCCCUCCAUGUCAUUGAUCCCUAGUGCUGUGGACAGCUCUUAGCUCCCAUGGUUAAGGACGUUCGAGAAGGACCUGUAUGCUGCGCUGCUCCUCUCGUCCACAGCAGUGACUCCUGCAAUUUGAUUUGUAUAGCAUCGCUUGUGUCUCUGCAGAUGGGGCCUGCUUCUUAUGGGGAUUAUUGCUUGUAUGUGUUUUGAAACGGAACAAAAACAAGUUGUUUAUAUGGGCUAUGUGUAAAGUGUUUUUUUUUUUUCUUAUUGUGGGAAUUAAUCUGUAUACAUUUGCAUAGUUCUGUAAAUUAGUGACUGAUGUAAAGAGAAAUGUUCUGAAAGAGAGGCUGCAAAUGUUCUGCUGACCUGUCGAACAUCUGUUCUGUUGACCUAUGCCAACCAACUAACAGGCACGACGGUGUCUGAAGAGGGCCACAUGUUUUCGAAUGAACUACCAAAGACUUCCCUAAUACUCACAAGCCAACAGGACCAUGUGGAACUUUUCACAGGGAGAAGAUUUUUGACCGCAGUCUUUUUGAAACAUGGGUAUUGUUGCUUCAUUGUGUCCAUGGCAUUUUUUUUUUGUAACAAUUUAUGGAUGCAAAAUGCACAUUGCAAUAAACCUUAUGUUUACACUAAA